CCGUGUUGCGCGAGGCGAAAAUCGCGGAAGCCUCCGUGUGAGUGAUACGCGGCAAAUGGCCGCCGUGGUGCAGUUUCCGUGCGAGGUGUUGCGCGUACGAGCGCGUAGGCGCGUGCCGCGUUAUACGUGCGACGUAUGGUGUGGUCGAUCAGCGGGAGCGCGGUGAUCGGUCGCCUCGUCGUCGAGAUAAUAGUUAACCGACCAUCGGGGCGUGAUGUGAGCGUCGGCGCGAGCGUGUGCGACCGUUUUCUACGAAAUACGCCGAACCAUCUCGCGCGCUAAACCCAAACGCCUCAAGCCCCGGGAGCCAGCCCCAAAGCAGCCGUGGCGGCUGGCGAUGAACGUCGCCGUGGGAACGGCACGCGGCACGACAACGACGUCGGUGAUGAAAUCGGUGUCCGAGGGUGAGCUGGGCGUGGAGGAAGAAGAGGUUAAACGUACGGAGCCGCGCGGCGCCACGCGGCUCAAGCGCACCUUUACACUGCCGAGAAAUCCAUUUCAAAGUGCCAGUAGCAGGAUGUCGCGACGACAUCCGAAGCAACAGCAGCAGCAGCAGACCUCGCAUUGCCUCGACCCGAAGGAAUGCGGCAACAAUGUCACCGCGAGCGCCAAGGAGAACGCCAGGAACGCGACGCGACACGCGACGGUGGAGGGCAUUUUACAGCAGCAGCAGCAACGAUCGAACGCGACGGGGAGAUUGCACGGCGGUGGCAAUCAGAUCGUGCAAGAUUGCCAGGAGCGACAAGCGCCCUGCGGCAAGAAGGUGUUUCGGCGGCCCUCCUGGAGGAAAUUUAUCAACAAGAUGGUGCGCCACAUGUCGAACGUGGGCGUUCAGGGUCACAAGGUCGCCGUCGCGUCGAUUCAUCAUCAGCGCGGCGACGAUCUCGGGUCGAGCGCGGGUGACAUUAGGGUGCCGCCGCCGCCGCGGCCGGCGCACAUCCCGCCCGAUCGGGUGCCGGGUGUCAUAGGCCUACGUAAUCACGGCAACACGUGCUUCAUGAACGCGGUGCUGCAGUGCCUCUCGCACACGGACAUCCUCGCCGAGUACUUCGUCCUCGAUCAGUACAAGAUCGAUCUGUCGCGGCGUAAUAAGCUCAACUCGAAGAAGUACGGCACCAGGGGCGAGAUCACCGAGCAGCUCGCGUUGCUGCUCAAGGCCAUCUGGAGUUGCCAGUACGAUCCGGAAAUGAGCACCGCGUUCAAGAGCGUCGUCGACAAGUACGGUAGUCAGUAUCGCGGUAAUCUGCAGCACGACGCCCAGGAGUUUCUCCUCUGGCUCCUCGAUAAGGUGCACGAGGACCUCAAUCAAGCGACCAAGAAGAAAUACAAGAUCAUAAAGAAUUCAUUUGGUAGACCCGAUGACAUCGUCGCCGCCGAGACACUAGCGAAUCACGUACGAUGUAACAACUCGUUCGUGCACGCCGUGUUUCAAGCACAGUUUCGGUCCAGUUUGACCUGCCCGAGAUGUCAUCGGCAAUCGAACACCUUCGAUCCUUUUCUGUGCGUGUCGGUACCGGUGCCGCAGAAUCAUCGUCAAAUGAAUCUCUACGUGAACGUCCUCUACACGUCUCAGCAGCCGCGGCAAGUCAAGAUCGGCGUGAGCGUGAAUCAAGCUGCUAAUGUGAGAGAGUUGAGGGAAAUCCUUGCUAGCGACACCGGCGUAGACGAGAAUCACAUGCUAUUGACCGAGAUCCAUGACGAAGGUUUUCACAGAACCUUCUCCGACUGUCAACCUCUAUCCGUGAUUAUGGAAAAUGACCCGCUUUACUGUAUCGAACUGCCACAAUUGAAGGAGCCUACGGAACAGGCGUACAUCUUGUUGGUUUGGAUCAACGUUCUCGUAAAGGGGGAUCUGAAACAUCGUUUCGGCAGUCCGUAUACGAUGCAAGUUUCGCGUGAAACAUCGUAUGAGGAUUUGCAGAAAUUAUUACUUAAGGAGAUGCAUAGUACAUUGGCGGAUGACGUUCUCACGACCAGUCAGAGCCCGGGACUUUUCAAUAUUCGCGUGGCGGAUCCGGCAGCGACGCCGAUUCAAGACGAGCAUCCUUGUAUCGAUCCUUGUGUGGAGCAUCCACUUUACACGGAGCAGAUCGAGCAAGCGUUGGCACUUUGCGCGGAUGAUUCAGGGCCGCAGCACGUGAAGCUGAUCCUCGAAUGGGACGAGGCCACAAAGUGCAAUAUUAUACAGGACGACAGCGAUCAGAUCGAGGAGCACGCCAGCGUGAAACAGUUGAAGACUAAUUCCGAAUUGGGCGGCGCUGUUACUCUGGAGGAAUGUUUCGAUCUGUACACGCGGGCGGAGAUACUGGGCGCGGAAGAUGCGUGGCAUUGUCCUUACUGUAACAAGAAACAAGAAGUUGUAAAAAAACUGGGUCUCUGGUCAUUGCCUGAUAUAUUAGUCAUACAUUUGAAAAGAUUCCGUCAGCAGUCUAAGCAGCGGUCAACGUCCAAGUUGACUAUGUUGGUGGACUUUCCUUUGUACGGCUUCGAUAUGACGCCACAUCUGGCUCACAAUGGCGUUCAGGCGACACAUAAUAGCGUCACCAGCCUGGGUGGUCUGGGCUGGUCGCCUUGGAAGAAACCACGACCGCGGCAACACAAUAUCCCCAAAUAUGAUGAGAAUGUAUAUGAUCUCUAUGCAAUAUGCAAUCAUCACGGACAAGAUCUUCAGGGUGGACAUUACACGGCGUUUUGUCGAAAUCCAUACGACACGCAAUGGUACUGUUUCGACGACACGCGCGUGGAAGCGGUGAACGAUACGAAUCUAAUCACAAACGCGGCGUACAUGUUGUUUUAUCAGCGAAGAGGCUUGUCCAAUAACUCCACGGGAAAUUCAUCCGCGGCGUCUACUAGCUCGGCCGGCUCCGGUUUAGAUCACUGGGUAUCGAAAAUGCCACCGUUUUACUUCAACAAUAAGAGCACCAGUGAUGUCACGAACAAUAAACAAAGUAAAUCACAAGAGAUACUGUGCCAGGAGAAGAUUGUCGAGGAGAAGAACAUGACUAAUUUCACUAGAGGUUGUGGCAAUUACGCUACUUUGCAGCCAAAGAAGAGGAACGCGGCGACCGAAACCGAUAUCGGACAGGAUCACUACUCGGACGAUGAGGCACCUUGCAGAAGAGAAUGGGCCUCCCCGAAACCUGUACGGAAGACUUCAUCCAUUACACUCACGCCGCAUAUACCAUCAGCAAUAAUUCAAAAUGCUAGCAGUGAUCCGAAUACAACCGUGAUACAUGAAUCCACAUUGUAACACACGAUAUAAGCCAGACUGAAAUGUCUGGCUCGAGCGAUGCUCAAUGUACAGUGCCUGGUGUGCCGUGAUGUUUGAAUAACAUCGAGUGGGGUGAGAUAAAAAAAAGAAAGACUUCUGAUAGAAAAUUCAUUAUUUUUCGAUUACUGAACGAGGAGCGAUAUAUUUAGAGAGAUCAAAGAAUCGUUCCUUCAGCUCGAAUUUAUAUAGAUUUUUUUUUUUUUUCGUACAGAGACGCUGAGAUAGAUAACAUGGAUUUCAGCAGCAUGCUUCUCUCUGCGCCUGUCCUUUCGAGAAAAGUGUAAUAAAUUUACACGCAGGCGUUAUUUUAAGGAUAAUAGAAAAUAUGAGGCAUUAGUAAUUUUUGUAAUUGUAAUACCAUGUUUAUAUACAGCUCGCGUGGAUUGUAUUAUACGAUAGCUGCUAAAAAAUAGCUUUUUAAAUGAAGAUGAAUCUUAUACUCAAUAUAUAUGAAGAAUUGCGUAUUCUUAAAAGAGAGAGGGAGAGAAGAAACCUCUAGUGUUUAUAUUAUAUAAUUAGAACUUUAAUACAAUAGGCAACUAAAUUCUACAUUGUGUCCAGAGGAAGGAAAGAUAUUUCCGGAGCGGUUUUGUGCAAUUGUGUAAUAUGUUUAAUACAUUAUGUCAACGUAAACGUCGUAAACAUUGUGUGUCAUCUUACAAUGAAAGUAUAUGACAAUAACAAAAAAUUUAUACAUUAUCGAUUCCUAUAUUAAUAGACGUUUUCUUUACAAUAUCGUUCGUUUCUGGACAUAUUAUGUAACCAUUGACCAUUGCUUUGAAUCUAUAUUUAACUGUAAUAUUUAUAUUAUACCUGUAUCAUCUCUCCACUAGUGGCCUUAUCUAAAUAAUUAAUACUGAUACACACACACGUCAUUAUUAAGCAUAUUAUUCAUACUUAUUAUUUGUAAACGUUUUAGUUUAGAUACAGAGACUUUGUUUUGCAAAAGUCAUCGAAUUAUAUCAGUUUCGCAAUCCUCUAAUUUUCAUUGUUUAAAAACAACAUAAGUUACAGCUUAUAUUACAAACCGUCAUUCGAGUUCUUCCAAUGACUGUGUGGACACAAUACUUCACUGAUGCAAAAAAAGCAUAAUUAAUUUAUGAAAAACACAGAGAAAGAGAAAAAUGGCUUUUCUAUAUAACGAAAACUUAAAUCCGCAAUUGGUUUCUUAUCAUAAUUAAAUAUUCAAUCUCAAUUUUAACAAUCAUUCCAAUCGGAUAUUGAGUAGGGUGCGAACGUGAGCGAAAAGAAUGAAAGAGCGAGAAUUUAUAUACAUAUAUAUAUAUAUAUAUAUAAUAUAUUAAGAUAUAAAUAUAUAUAUUAUAUAUAUGUAUAUAUAAUAUAUAUUAUUAUAUAUGUAUAUGUAUACAUUUGAUUAUAUAUAAUGAGCGAAAGAUAUUUAAGUUAUUCUAUUAAUUAACAUUUAUAUUACUAGUCACACGUAUCAUGGGCACGGGUAGGACGCGCAUAUAACGAUGAUUAGCAACGAUGUAAACCGUGAGAUUCGCACGACUCUUACUACCCGUUAUUAUAAUGAUUUCAGAAAUUGCGGUAAAUUGACUGAAAAAGAAUCUAUACAUGUAUUAUUAAUAUUAUUAUUUACUUUUUUGUUGGAAUGAGAGUAGAGAAUGUAUAUACGGAAGAAAUGUCAUUCCACUUUAUGCACAUUGCAUAUGUAACUUUGUCGUUUCCGAUUUAUGGCUUUCGUAUCACUCAUCGUGCGUUGCAUUUUGUUACAUAUACAUUUACAAGGAAAUGAAAGAAAGAUAUCAUGAUACAUACCCCUACAUUGCGUACAUGUAUCCAUACACGUACCUUGUCUUUUUGAAUAUCUUUUUAGAUUUAAUGCUGACUAAUGCGCGUGCAAAGUUCUUAUUGUGACCAAAUAAAAACGGGACUCUUUAAGUAAUUAAGACACCGCGACACUGAUAUCUUAUCGACGAUAUGACAAAGAUCGUGAAAAUACUUUGACGAAAAAUUGAAAAUAAACACGAUGAGACAAAAAUAUGAAA